UCUUUACGACUUAUUCGGCACCCUGAAAGGCUGAAAGCAGCAGUUUCACCGGCUCUCCAUCUCCGUUAACAUAAAGUGGGUUUCCGUUUCAUUCUUCAUUCCAAGUGCCCGUACUGAAAAUCUCUCUGUUUCAUCUCCUCCAGCUCGCUCGCAUGAUUGAUUAACCUCUCUCCGGCCUCCCAGCCGGCGUUCUGUUGCCAUGACGUCCAUCACUUCCGUCGAAUUGAAUUACCUCGUCUUUCGGUAUCUUCAGGAAUCAGGUUUUAUACAUUCGGCCUUUGCUUUAGGGUAUGAAGCUGGCAUUAACAAGUGUUCUAUUGAUGGCAAUUUGGUUCCACCUGGUGCUCUAGUUACAGUUGUACAGAAAGGGCUUCAGUAUUUGGAGAUGGAAGCUAAUUUGAGUAAUAAUGACACAGAUCUAGAUGAAGAUUUUUCAUUCCUACAGCCUUUGGACCUUAUUACAAAAGAUGUCCAUGAAUUGCGUCAAAUAAUCAAAGAUAAAAGGAAAAGUUCACUGAAAGAUAAAGAGAAAGAUAAAGAUUUAGAUAAAGAACUUGAAAGUGAACGAGGACGUGUAAGAGAGAAGGAACGGCGUGAAAGUGAAGUUGAACGUGGACGUGCAAGAGAGAAGGAACGACUUGAAAGGGAGAAAGAAAGACUGGAAAGGGAGAAAGAAAGACUGGAAAGGGAUAAGGAGCAUGAUAAGGAUAGAGAUAAAAUAGAAAAGGAUAAGGAGCGAGAAAAGCAACAUGAGAAUUUCACAGAUAGAGAUAUGGUUAUGGAUCAAGAUGAAAAGGUCCAUGCAAACCAAGGAGAGAAUGGAGUUUUCGGAGGACCAGAACCAAUGGAUAUAUCUAUGACCUCAACAUCUCAGUCCUGUGAAAUUUCUAGUUCUGAUGUGACAAUUUUGCAAGGACAUACUUCCGAGGUUUGUGCCUGUGCAUGGAAUCCAACAGGUUCUCUUCUUGCAUCAGGUUCUGGAGACUCAACAGCACGCAUUUGGACAAUAGCGGAUGGUAGCAGUAGGUCUGGAGCUCAAAGUGGUCCUUUAAACGUGUUGGUGUUGAAGCAUGUUAAGGGUAGAACUAACGAGAAGAGCAAAGAUGUUACAACUCUAGAUUGGAAUGGAGACGGGACCCUACUUGCUACUGGUUCAUAUGAUGGACAAGCUAGAAUUUGGAGCUCCAACGGUGAAUUAAGGACCACAUUAAGUAAGCACAAAGGACCAAUAUUUUCUCUGAAGUGGAACAAGAAGGGUGAUUAUCUUCUCACUGGAAGCUGUGACAAAACUGCUAUUGUUUGGGAUGUGAAGGCGGAGGAAUGGAAGCAACAGUUUGAAUUUCAUUCAGGUCCAACACUUGAUGUUGAUUGGCGCAACAAUGUAUCAUUUGCAACAAGUUCCACUGACAAUAUGAUAUAUGUCUGCAAGAUUGGAGAGACUCGUCCUAUUAAAACAUUUGCAGGACAUCAGGGUGAAGUGAACUGUGUCAAAUGGGAUCCCACAGGAUCAUUGUUGGCUUCCUGUUCUGAUGAUAUCACAGCGAAGAUAUGGAGUAUGAAGCAGGACAAGUAUGUUUAUGAUCUGAGGGAACAUUCCAAGGAAAUAUACACUAUAAGAUGGAGUCCAACUGGACCGGGUACAAACAAUCCGAACCAGCAGUUGGUGUUGGCUAGUGCAUCAUUUGAUUCAACAGUGAAGCUGUGGGAUGUUGAACUCGGGAAACUUAUCUGCAGUUUAAACGGACAUAGGGAACCUGUUUAUUCUGUUGCAUUCAGCCCAAAUGGCGAGUACUUGGCCAGCGGAUCUCUUGAUAAAUCAAUGCACGUAUGGUCACUUAAGGAAGGCAAGAUCGUUAAAACAUAUACCGGUAAUGGGGGUAUAUUUGAAGUUUGCUGGAACAAGGAAGGUGAUAAAAUCGCUGCCUGUUUUGCCAACAACACUGUUUGUGUCUUAGAUUUCAGAAUGUGAGAUUUUGAUAAGUUCCAAUAGAAUUAGCUUCAUAUUUUUCUUUCUUUUCAAUGGGGAAGAGAACUUAUAUCCUAUGGAGGGGAAUGUUCUCCAACCUAGACCUUAGACUCAACUCUUUCAUAACAAUUUGUCACGUUGUGUGUAAUUGUCACUCCAUUGAUAAUGGUCCCUGUUUCAACAAUGUUUCAACGACUUGUGUACAGCAUUUGUAACUGUGGUUAGCAAUUCUUAUUAGCUGAUUGUUGUAUUGCAGCAGUAUGUUUGUUUGGAUUGUUUCA